AUGUCGCCUAGCCCAAGUAAAGGCACGCGCGAAAAGACACGAGCUCAUGACAAGCGAAGCAUGCAAAUGCUCAAACAACAAUGGAAACACAUCCAAAAAGAGAGGGAGAGAGAAAGAGCGAGAGAGAGAGAGAGAGAGAGAGAGAGAGAGAGAGAGAGAGAGAGAGAGAGAGAGAGAGAGAGAGAGAGAGAGAGAGAGAGAGAGAGCACACGAGGGAAGCAUGAUCAUGGUCCCAAGCAUCAAUCCUCCAGAAAAAAAAAAAAAAAAAAACGAGGGGAGGGAAAAGGAGAGAGUAUGAGAAAGAGUUUGCCAAGGCGUGCAACCUGA